AUGGAGCAGGGUUUUGCUUGCUGGCUGGCCCUGCUUUGUCUCUGGUUGUUGUCCCGUCGUGUUGCCGAAGCAAAGCAAAGCACAGCAAAGCAAAGCCUCCGUCCGGAUAGCCAGGGGAGCCAUGCCUUGUGCGGAAGUAGGGCAGAGUCGGACCAAGCUUUUGUGCUUGAGCAAGGCAAAAGCACAGCACAGCCAUCGAUCGAUGGAUUGCCCAUGCCAAGUACAGCAAGUAUAGCAAGUACAGCUUGGCAGCGGGCUCUAGUUCGCAGAGUGGCCCCAUCCAGCCCGUUUGAAGUGGGUGCUUUGUGCUGGGACCCCGCGGACAGGUACUGGGAAAGUCGAGGCCAAGUACAGCGGGAGUCGCCCGAGGAUGGCGUGGCAAGCUGUGUCGCUGCUUGGUUCCGUACUAAAGAUACUGGCUGGAGACUUGCCCAAAGGCACCGUCGGAACGUCGCAAGAACACACCACAACCCGGGCGAUACAAGCUCAGGCUGGGCUGGUUCCCUCCAGGCCAUGGCCGUGGAUCGCAAGGCCGGAUCGCGAUCGCACUAG